AUGUCUUAAAAUGUACAACACUUACUAAGUAAAAAUAUAAAAACAAUUAAAAUUGCGAUCAGCAGUGACAAUUCAGAUUUACAAAUAUCCUCCUUCAGUACCUAUAGGCUGAUGGAAAAUGGCCUGCAUCCAUAAGGGAAAGUGCCAAUAGGCUGAUGGGAAAAGCCUGCAUCCAUAAGAGAACCAAUUGAUAUGAUUAAACAUGUUCUAACUUCAAAUAAGUUCUAACAUUGAUUUGCUUUGCAUUAUAGUCAUUGAUUUAUUGUCAUUUUUCUGCUGUUGACAUAACAUUUAACUAUCACAACAUUUUAUCUAAAACUACUGUUAGAACAAUACAGACUUGAAUACAUGUACAAUGUAUGUGGCAAACAUCCGAAAAAUAACACGAACAUGAAUAUGCUUAUCAAUCUAUGACAGCCUAAAUAUCGACAAUAAUUUUAAAUAAAAUAAGACUAGAACUUUUGUAUGAUUUCAAAAGGGACAACGUAACACCAACGACUAACUCCAUUUUAAAAUAUGUGUGAAACAGUUAAAAUGUUUCGUCAAUAUUUUAUAAUAAAGCUUAAACAUUUUUGGGAAUUAAAUGAAGUAAACAAAUUAUAACAAAUUGUUUACGUUUACUUCUCGUAUUAAUGUAUUCAUAAUUAUACAUAUUAAUGUUAUCAACAUAUUCACAACGAAGGCUUGAAGAAGAAGACUAAGGGGUAUACUAUGAGAGACUAUAUUUGGUCUGAUGGAAAACCUUUGACCUUCACUGCAUGGUUUUUUGAUAAAAGUACAGGAUUUGCACAACCAGAUGGCUUAGAGAAUGAACAAUGCUCAAUAAUUCAGCUGUUCAGUAUACACAAUAUAAAUGCGUGGCACGACGUUGCUUGCGCUUACAACAAAAUAUCAAACUUCAUUUGUGAGACAGGAUUUGAUUCAAAUGUAAAUGAUAAUAUUCGAAACUCAAUAAAUCCAAUGACAGCACAACCCGAAGAGAUCCUGUAUCUAUGUGGCUCUGGUGAAUAUAUUCUUAAUAUAUUUAUAUGUGAUUCGGUGAUAGAUUGCAUUUCUGGUGAUGAUGAACAUAACUGUUCAUUUUCCUGUUCCCAUGACCAGUUUACAUGUGGUGAUGGAAGCUGUAUAUCGAUAAGUUUACAUUGUGAUUUUAUUCAACAUUGCAAGGAUGGAUCGGAUGAAGCAUUUUGUGAAAGACGAUCAUGUUCCUCUAAUGAGUGGCAGUGUAAAAAUAUGCAAUGUAUUCCUGUUCACCAAAGAUGUGAUUUUGAACAUAAUUGCUAUGACAAAUCUGAUGAGAUUAGGUGUGAAAUUUGUGGAGCGGACAGUUUCCAAUGCUACGACCAGACCUGUAUCCCCUUUUCAAGAGUUUGUGAUGGAGUAAUCGACUGUAGCGGGCUUUUCCAUGAAGAUGAAUCUGAAGAUUGUCUAAAGAAAACACAACACACUUGCAAAGAUUGGUUUGCUAUUGGUUCAACGGAAAACGGAGUAUAUCUUAUUGAUUUAUAUCUAAACGAUAGUGCAUCGGUAGAAUGCAUAUUUGAUGAAUGGGAACUCUAUACUCAAAUAACAACGAUUGUCCACCAUAAUAACGAGGAAACAGUUACAGCCACCAUAGAUGGAUUCGAUAUAACACCGGUCUAUUACGCAAGUGACGAGCAUAUUGAAGUUCUAAAGGAAAUUGGCAAAUGCAGCCAAGCAAUUGGCGUUUAUUGCCAUUACUCAGAAAAUCGGGUGUAUAGAUCAUCACUAUACGGGGGCGUCAUUGACAACAAAACGCCCAAGAAUGAUUGCGGGUGUCCAUUUGUUGGAAAUUGUGAUUCAGGCAUUAAAAGGUGUAACUGUGGAAAUGAGCCAUAUGACUGGUACACAGCUGAUAACAAUGAAAUAAGAUCAGACAUCGGAGUUAUAUACAAUGAAACACAGCUACCUGUAAAAUAUACCUAUACAAAUCCAUCUAGCACUUACGUUAAAUUGCGUCUUGGACCUUUACAAUGCAUCGAAGAUGUUCAAAUAUCGUCGAACAUAUUUCGCUGUAGCGGAGGGCAUACUGUAUCAUCAGAUGUUUUGUGUAUACUAGAUUAUGACGAAAAGAAUGAAAUUCUUGGUUGCAGAGACUUGUCACAUCUAUCAAACUGUGAAAAGUUCCAUUGUCAUCCAGGAUAUCUCAAGUGCCAAGAUAGUUAUUGUAUUCCACCAAAACUCAUGUGUAAUGGAGUUCAUGAUUGUCCAGCAGGAGAAGACGAGAGCUAUUGUGGAAAACCUGAAUGUGAUGGACUUUUUCGAUGCCAUGAAAGUGACAUAUGUUUAAACCUAGACAAACGUUGUAAUGGUUUUGCUGAAUGUCCACAGUUUGAUGAUGAACUACUAUGUGAGAAGAAAUGCACAUCAAAUUGUAAAUGUCAUGGUUUGUCAAGUAAAUGUGUGCUUGAAAACAGGUCAAUAAUUGAAUUUCCUUCAGAAACUAGAAAAAUUGACCUGAGUAUGUCAAAUUUAUCAGAUUCUGAUAUGAUGUUGGAAAAUAACUUUCUUCUAGCUGAACUGAAUCUAUCUUCAACCCGACUUCGUGAUCUUGAACGCAUCCAUUUUGGAAAAUUCCACUACAACCUGUAUUUAUUGGACGUAUCACUCAAUCAGAUAACUACAAUACCAAGACAUACAUUUGAAGGAAUGGUACAUCUGAAAAUACUUCUGUUCGCAGGAAAUUCAUUACUUGAAAUCUUCUAUCCACAAUCGUUUUCAGGAUUACUUAGUGUAUCUACGAUGUCAAUUGUAGAAUCUAACAUUUGGUUAUUAAAAAGUAAUAAUUUUAUGGGCGUUGAAAAUUUAAAAGCACUUAACCUCUCACACAAUAAAAUUGAAAAGGUUGAAGAUCGCACUUUUGAAGGUUUGAAUCAAUUGAAAAGUCUUGACAUAAGAGGAAAUCGUAUGACUGAAUUUCAGAAGGACAUUUUUGAAGAUCUUGCAAGUCUUGAAAAACUUUAUUCCGACGCCUACGUGUUUUGUUGCCUAAAACCUAAUUCUGUAAAGGAGGAGGAUUGUAUACCAGCAAGAGAUGAGUUCUCAUCGUGCUCCGAUAUGAUGCGAAAUGAUAUACUUAGAAUCUGCUUAUGGGUAAUUGGAUUAUGUGCUCUGAUAGGAAACUUGAUUGUUCUUGUAUACCGGGUUAUUUAUGACCGUGGUUCGUUAUCAAAAAGCUAUGGUAUUUUCAUAACAAGCCUAGGUACUUCAGAUUUCUUGAUGGGUGUUUAUAUGUUGACUAUAGCAUCUGCCGAUGUAAUGUUUCGAGGAAACUAUGUUUGGAAUGACCUAUCAUGGCGGUAUGGAGUCCCUUGUAAAAUAGCUGGAAUUAUAUCAACAGUCUCCAGUGAGUGUUCGGUAUGCUUUCUCUUCCUUAUAACUAUUGACCGAUUUGUCGCAAUCAAAUAUCCUUUUGGUGAAAUAAGAUUUGGAAAGAGAUCAGCUGGGUGUAUUUCAUGUUCAGUUUUCCUAAUAUGCUUCAUAAUUGCAGUCGUACCAGUAGUUUUACCUGGCUCAUACUUUGAUGGAAAUUUCUAUUCAAGGUCAGCAGUUUGCCUUGCGUUGCCGCUCACCCGCGAGAAACCUAACGGCUGGGAGUAUUCAUUCGGAAUCUUCAUUGUGUUUAAUUUUAUCUUAUUCUUGAUCAUAGCUGGAAUGCAGCUUAUCAUUUAUCGAGAAGUGACAAAUACUAUGAAUAAUGUUAGAUCCACCAAGAAAAACCAAGACUUGACAAUCGCAAGGAAUCUCUUUAUUGUUGUAUUUAGUGACUUUUUAUGUUGGUUUCCAGUUGGUGUUAUGGGUUUAAUGGCAUUAAAUGGACAUUCGAUUCCUGCUGAGGUUUAUGCAUGGACUGCUGUAUUCAUUUUGCCAAUUAAUUCGGCUUUGAAUCCGUUUCUGUAUACGUUUUCGGCUAUAAUUCGAACUAGACGUGUUCAGAAAAGAGCGUCCAGUCACAUGUGCCUGACUAAACAGAUAUCAAUCGUUUCGCAGGAUAAUACCAAUGAGAAAAGAAAGAACUCGUUUGAUAACAUAACAAGUACAGAAGAUCUUGUUGAAAAAAUUAUCGAUGCUGUAGAACAUUCCCUUCAAAAUUCUACUUUGAAUGCAGAUGACAUAGAAACAAUCAUAUCGAAACUGAACAAUGUCAUGGAGCCAGUUACAAAGACAUGACAUGCAGAUCGAGGUAUAAUUGAAGACAUAAGCAAUUUAGAACAAUACAGAGGAAAAUAUCGAGAUCAGUUGACGAUACAAAAUAUAAUAAGAUCUAAGUAUAUCCAAUGUGUAUAUAGAGACGUGUUGUUGUUACCGACAUCUUUCAGAUUUCUUGAGAAACUUUCACAUUUAUGUUAAUAUUGAUGAAUUAUGAUUUUUUUUUUUCAUUAUUUAUAAUAUAUUACGUGUUAUGUGUUUGCGGGUGUACGUGCGUUUUGUUUACCUGUGUAAUAUUUUGAUUAAAUUUCAAUAGAAUUAUUCAUCGAAUGAAUUAAUUCAAAGCAAUAACGAUACCAAUUUUACUGCACAAGAUGCGCAUUUCGACAUACAAACGUUAAAAGUAAUUUUAUUGAUUGUAUCUUUUUCAUUGGAUUUCUUUUGCAAAUAUUUUUUCGUGCAACAUGAAAGUUAGGAAAACUCCCCAACAAUUAAAUCAAUUGAGUCCACACUUUAUAUAAACUAUAUUUUUAUUUUUGGAUUUUUUUUCUAAAGAUACCAGGCUUAUAAUUUUCUGCUACAGACAUGCGUUGUGUCUACAAAAGACUCAUCAGUGAUGCUCGAAUAAAAAAAGUUUAAUUUCACUGUUGUUCAUCAUAAAAUGAUACUUUUGCAAAGGAGGUACAUGUAAAUCUAUUUCAAAAGUUUGUUUGAAGCUAUUUUUAACGUAUUAAAAAGAGAAAUGAUAACGUGUAAUGUUAAUUUUUGUAUGCUUAAAACAAAUCACUUCAUAUAAAAAACAUUUAUGCGAUUUAAUUGCAAUUGCAAAAUAAUCUUGAACACUUAUAGAUAUGUUGUCGCAAAAUUAUAGUUUUUUACAGAUAAUCUUAAAAGUUACUUGCUGUUUCAUACUAUACGUAACUUUGAUCAUUUGAGUAAUAUCUAUUUGACGUUACACAGUUUCUAGUUUGUAGAUAAAUCAUAUGUUCUUAAAAGCAAUUUUUUUUCAUUAUAACGUCAAUAUUCUGAAAACUUCUAUGCUUUAUUAAUUCAAUUUAAUCAUAAUGCAUAUUUCUUAAGACUUCAAUUCCUAGUUUAAAAAGGGUAAACGAGUUUGUAAGUAACAUCCAAAGCUGACUUUUGUACAUAAAAACUUCUCUUGAUACAUGAGAAAUUGUUAUCUUCUAUUCAUAUUAUUUAUAUAAGACUUCUGUACAUGUUUGUUCAUUUCAACGUCUGUAUUAAUUCUAUUCCUGUAAUUAUAUUUUGUUAUUCAGUCGAUUUGAAAACCUUACUAGAGCUUGUGUUAUGUAGUUUAUUGAAUAUCGACUUUAAAUAAAACUUUGAAU